AUGAAGAGGACAGGUCCAUUUGCUUUCACCAAAGCAUUGAUGAGCUACUUCACUGAACAGACUGGAGUCGAGCAUAUCGGCGACGAGCUCGGUUGGCUAUCCGAGCCGCGGCUGAUCAGCGACGUGCUGGUCGUGCCUCGCAAAAGCUUUGGAUUCCUGGCGCCUGAUGUCCUCGAAAAACGAGAUUUAUCCGUCCUUGUCCAACACCUCUUAAUUGGCUUCUAA